GUACAGUCCUGUGUCUGACUAUACUAGCUACCGUUUCAGGGAGGUACAGAAUGGAAAACUCUCUAAGACAACGUAGAGGUCUUCCAAGGUAACUUGACCCCAAUGUGCCAUACUAGUGGAUGACAGAUCUGUGUGAGGGAGGGAUGGAGGACCUGUGGAGUAUAGCGGUUGUGUUGCUGCAGGUGUGGUUCUCCGUGAUGAUAGGGUUCAUCAUGAUACCUGCCAUGUUUGGCCUCUCCCUGGGGGUCACUUCUGUCUACAUUCAGAUCCUGGUCAAAAUACUGGAGUGGGCCACCCUGCGGAUCGAGAGAGGACACAGGGAACGAUCCACUCUGCCAGUGCCUGCUCCUCUACCCUUUGGACUCAUCCAGAGGGAGGGGGGCUCCAUGGAACAGGAGAUGGGGGAGCUGCGUCGGUAUCGUACCCAGUCCAUAUCGAGGGGAGAGUUUGCGCUGAGCGACUCGUUCUACUUCUACAUAAAGGGCCUGGAGAGCAUCGUGGACGACCAGGUGACUCAGCGCUUCUCCUCUGAGGAGCUGGUCUCUUGGAACCUCCUGACCCGCACCAACCACAACUUCCACUACAUCAGCCUGCGACUCACCAUUAUCUGGGGACUGGGCGUGAUCAUACGUUACUGUGUCCUUUUCCCUCUCAGGAUAACCCUGGCAAUCAUUGGGUUGACCUGGCUGGUGAUUGGGACAACCUUGGUGGGAUUUCUACCUAACAAGAGAUUGAAGAACUGGCUCAGUGAAUUAGUCCAUCUGAUGUGCUACAGGAUCUGUGCCAGAGGUCUCUCUGCCACCAUUCAAUACCACAACAAAGAGAAUAAGCCACAAAAAGGAGGAAUAUGCGUAGCAAACCACACCUCGCCUAUUGACAUUGUCAUUUUGGCCAAUGAUGGAUGCUACGCUAUGGUGGGUCAAAGUCACGGUGGGCUGAUGGGGGUCAUCCAGAGGUCAAUGGUGAGGUCCUGCCCCCACGUCUGGUUCGAGAGGUCGGAGAUGAGAGACCGAAAUGCUGUUACCAGUAGAUUGAGGGCUCAUGUUGCAGCUAAAACCAAUCUACCCAUCUUGAUCUUCCCUGAGGGAACCUGCAUCAACAACACAUCGGUCAUGAUGUUCAAGAAGGGAAGCUUUGAGAUUGGAGGGACUAUAUACCCAGUCGCAAUCAAGUAUGACCCUCGUUUUGGAGAUGCCUUCUGGAACAGUGCCAAGUACAACAUGGUGAACUACCUGCUGAGAAUGAUGACCAGCUGGGCCAUCGUGGUCAACGUGUGGUACCUGCCCCCCAUGACCAGGCGGGAAGGGGAAGAUGCGGCCCAGUUUGCCAACAGAGUGAAGUCUGCUAUCGCACAUCAGGGAGGGCUAUUGGACAUGGCGUGGGAUGGGAGUUUGAAGAGAGCCAAGGUGAAAGAGGAAUUUAAAGAGCAGCAACAGAAGAUGUACAGCGGUAUGGUUAUGGGGAAGAAAGGUAGAAACUCCCAAGAGCCUCACACAGAGACCACCAGGAGACAAUGACUCUGGAAUUAACACUGUGGACAAAGUAUUUUACACACUACAAUGCAUAUGGACUGGAUUUAUUCCAAAACAAAGGCAUUUGUUUUGUAUUCA